UAAUACCUUCCCCAAGAAACCCUAACCCCAAGCAAAUUGCAAAACACGCUAAUCAAGGUUCUUUUCUCUUCUUCAAGUUAUUUCCUUGAAGUUGCGCAGAAUAGCGUCUGAAUUUUACUUCUAUCGAUUAGGUGAUUUCUCGAUCAAUUUCCAUUUUUUAUAUCUUUGUUUUAACCGACUAGUUUUUGAUGAUUGUUCAUCCAUGUUUUGAUUUUUGAUUGGUCAACGAUACUUACUUUAUGAUCAGUACUGUUACUACGAGACCGUUCAAUACUUCCUGCAACUAAGUACCUAAAAUUGUCUUUGGUUAUCGGUCAGAGUGGAUUCGAAAGUAACAUUUGAUACGCUUGCUAGAAGUUGAUUUUGGACUUUUUGAUAAGAUAGCAAGAAGGUUACAACAGUAGCAAAUUUUGAAGGAUUUCCAGUAUCAGGAAGCGAAGAGAGUGGAUUGAGACCUGUUGUCCAAAUGACUAGUAAUUACAGUGCAGGUGUUCCUAUCAAGAAAAGGAGGUUCCCGUUAAUUCGGCCUCCUUCACCUCCUGCUGAAGAACAAUCUGUAAUAAAUUAUUCACUACAAAGCGAAAAUUCUAGCCCCUCUGAACGGUCAACUCUAUCAAAUGCUGGCUUAUCUGAUGCAAUCAAGGAAUCGCUUCUUGCAGAAAGAAAGGGAAAUCCUGAUGUAACAAAUGUUAAAACGAUUAACAGCAGCUCUAAAAACUAUAGUGUCAAGGUUGAACAACCAAGUCAUACAAUUCACUCUGUUUCCAGGACUGAUGUGGACAGCAAAGAGAAGCUUGUGGGGGCUGAAAAAUCUGCAGAUGCAAUAAAAUCAGUGAAAGUUGAGUUGAACUUAGCACCAAUUGAAGCUCCUGCGCUUACCAUAGGAACAGAUCUAUCCAACAAACAAAAAAAGGUGGAAAAUAGUACACAAGAACUUGUUAAAACUCCCUGUAUGACUGAACUGUCAUUGGCUGUAAAGGAACCUGUUGUUUCAGCUAUAGAAGGUCAUAAUGGAGAAAGGAGUCAUCAGAAUUGCAAGAGUGGAGGACCAGUUUCGUUGAAUUUGUCAUUAAUCAGUGGAAAUAGUAAUCAAUGCAAAGGUGACAAUGUUGACUUGAAUACUAAUUCUGAUAUGCAUGCUAACAGAUCAAACUGGGAUUUAAAUACUACCAUGGAUGCGUGGAAUGGUUCUGUGGUUGAUGAAGCUUCAGGUCAAGGAACUGUUGAUGGAUGUAACACAAUUGGUGGAACACAUGAUGUAAAGCCUUCGAUUUGUUCUGUUGGAAUAUUUGGUGAUAGGGUUACUUCAAAAGGACAAAAUUUUGAAAAGAGCAAGUGCAGAUCUGCUGGUGCUUUAUCAUCUCAUCUGUUGGGCCAGCCUUGUAAUUCUGAGGAUAAUCUUCAUUUAGGGCUCAGUCCAUCGUUUUCUUUGUCAAACCUUAGUCAGAAGCCUUCCAGUUCAUCAGCUAUUUUGAAUUCUAGCUGGGGUGUUGCUAACUCAGGCUUGGGCAAGGCUUUUGAAUUAACUGGCACUGUGAACCAGAUUAAUAUUGGGAAUGUAAAAUCAGAACCACUUGAUGAGAGCAUCAAACAUGGUUUCACAGGAGCUACUGCCAUUCCUAAGGGGUUACCUGAUAUUAGAGCUGUGAAACGUGAAUUAGUUGAAAGAUUUAAUGCAGAAGCCUUGAAAUCAUUUAAUUUUAGCCCCCCAAAAUUAGUUGAUUGUAGGUCCAUUAAAUCUGAACCAGUUCGUGAGGAUAUUCAAGAAACAGUAAAGAAAAUGGAGGGGACAUUGAACCAAUCAGAUAAACAGAUGGUAGAAGCUAUGGAUAAUCGAGGAAAAACUACUAGUUCAGCAGCCUUGUCUACAAGUGGUGAAGUGCCAAACUCUUUUGAACAUUCUUCGAACACUAAAGAAUAUCGUCUUAGCAGGGAGGUGCCUCAGGAAAAACCUGAAAGUUCUGGACAGGUUCUUUCGGAAACAAUGUCUACACCUGUGGGUCUCGAUGGUAAUGCUUCAAAUCUAAUUAUGGAGGUGCCUCAUGAAACCAGUCUUAGCAUAGAGGUGCCUCACGAAACCAAUCUUAGCAGGGAGGUGCCUCACGAAACCAAUCUUAGCAGGGAGGUGCCUCACGAUAACAAUCUUAGUAGGGAGGUGCCUCAGGAAAAAUCUGAAAGUGCUGGACAGGUUCUUAUAGAAACAGUGUCUGUGGGUCAUGAUGGCAAUUUGUUGAAUGUUUCUAGCUUGGUAGAUACUGCAAUAACCGACAAUAAAAACAUUGAUGAUACUGAGAGGUGCAGAUUGAAAUUCAUGGAAGAGGUUCCCCCUAAUUCACGAGAAAAUGGUGAGGGUUCUGCAAGUGAUGACGAGGAGAAGAUCAAUUUAUCAGGUGAUAUGCUAGAAGAAGAUUCUUAUGAUUUUGAUUCUGAGUCUGAUGCCAGUCAUAAUCUAGAAACAGCUAUGGAUGCUGAGCACAACAAUGGAAAAGAGGAAGACUUUGAGGAUGGUGAAGUUCGGGAAUCACUGGUACAUACUGAACUGGAGGGACACAUAUGUGAAAAAAGAGAACUACAGCACUUCAAUAGUGGUGAUUCUUCUGAUAACAAACAACUGGAUUUUGUGGGACUUCCCAGUGAGCAUCCUUCCACAUCAUCUUCAACAGAAGAUGAACCCACUAAAACAGCAGAGCCCAGUGAAACAAACAAUGAUAGUAUAAACAAAUUUGGUGAAACAGCUCAUGAUGAAAAUAACAAUAAGGGUGCCGGUAAUAAAGACUGUAUUUUGCAAAAACCAUUGGCAGGAGGGAUGCCAGCCAUUGAUGGUGACCAGAAGAGAUGUAGUACUACCUCUCCUAUAAGAUCUGUUGUUAUGUCAAAAAGAAAAGAUGGCCUAAAUGCCCAGGAGACUGAACAGUCAUAUUAUCAAGCCAUUAGUGCAAGCCAAGGAAAUUCAGCUCCCAUUGCUCAAGGAUUGGAUGAGAAUGUUAAAAACACUAAUGUGUUGGAAGAGAGUGUUUCUCCAUUACCGAAGGCAGAAGCAUCUUUAACUAUUGAUUAUGCAGCUAAGGAUGCUGACAAUGGAGGAAAUAAAAGCCGGAUAAUAAACUUGCCUCGAGCUUCUAACAUGCCAUCUCCUGGUCAAACAAGAACAAUUUCAGGCAGUUCAUUGCCUUCCCAAGCUGGGAGGGAAAAGUUAACUGAUGUUGAACUCGAAGAAAUAUAUCGAGGGAGGGAUGAAAUCUAUACUGAUGCUUCUCACAAAUUCUCAAGGGAAAGGCAUCAAGACCAUCAAUCUAGGAACUCUCGAUUUAAUUUUGUGCGUGGACGAGGGAGAAUCUCUAGUAGAAUAGACUCAGUACACGGUGAUUGGAAUUCUGAACGGGAGUUUGCUCGAGAAUUUUAUGGUCCGACAGAGUUCCAUGUUCCUAGACAUAAAUAUGCAUCACAGCCUGAUUCAGAUUUUAAUGGCUAUAAUGUUGGGCUAAAUGGUGAUUUUGUUAGUAUUGGUAGGGGAGGGAGGAAAAUUUUUAAUGAUGAGGCAUCUGUUUUUCCUCAUCUACCCAGGAGGAGGUCUCCGGGGGGGAGAGUGGGGCCUCGUGGCCGUGGCCUUGAUAUGGUUCGCCGAGUUCCAAGACAUAUUAGCCUGAGUGGAUGCAUUGGUGAAGAUGGUACAGAAUUGGUUGGACCGAGGCGCGGGGAGAAGUUCAUAAGGGGUCUACCUAAUGACAACACAGACCCAAUAUAUACACAUCCCCAAGGUCCUUAUGAUGGAUUAGAUGGUCAUUUUGUCCGAAGCAACAGGAAUUUCUUGCCCAUGCAAAGAAGGGGUAUUCCUCAUGUUCGUUCGAAAUCUCCAAUUGAUUCUAGGACUCGCUCGCCUGGUACAUGGUCACCUGCCAGGAGAAGAUCCCCGGAUAGAUUUGGUGGACAUCCUGAAUUGCCUAAUCGAAGAUCUCCUCCAAUUUUUAGGAUGGAGAGGAUGCGAUCUCCUGAUCAUUCUUGUUUCCCUGGAGAAAUGGUAGGUAGAAGGCAUGGUUCUCCAUAUAUGUCUAGACCACCUAAUGAGUUGAGGGAUAUGGAUUCUAGUCAUGAUCUUGGGCAUCCAAGAUCUGCCAUGCCUAAUAGGAGUCCAUCUGGUAGGGUUUUACUCAGAAACACUCGGAGAUUUGACAUUGUUGAUCCUCAUGAAAGGACAGACAGUGAUGGUUAUUUUGGCAGGCCUAUGCAUUCUGGCAGGUUUCAGGAACUUGAUGCUGAUGGAACUGUUGAAGACAGGAGAAGGUUUGGUGAGAGACGGGGACCUAUUCGUCCUUUUAGACCUCCUUAUAAUGGUGCUGAGGGUGAGAAUUUCCAUAUAAAUGCAGGAGAUGGGCCUAGGCCUUUUAGAUUUUGUCCUGAAGAUGGUCCAGAGUUUCAUGAGAGAGGCAAUUUGAGGGAAAGGGAAUUUGAUAGAAGGAUUAAGAACCGACCUGGAAAUGGUCCAAGGAGAAGUAGAAACAUCGAAGAGCAGGAAGGAAAUUAUAGGCAUGGUGGGCAGGUGUGGCAUGAUAAUGGGUUUGAUGAUAUGUCACGAAUAAAGAGGAAAAAGUUUUGAUUUUACAUAUGGUAUGAACCUGGAUACUGGAUGUGUACUAGGAAGCUGAUCUAGAUCUGGUAAUUUACUGCUUUAUCAUGGACAUGGUCUUGGUCCUAAUAUGAGAGCAACGUUAGAUGCUAAUGUGGUCUGACACUAUAUGUCUGCAACAAGUGCUUCAUUGUUAUGUCAUGUAUAUAGCCUUGGUUCAUGUUCCAUGAUGGUUAAUUCUUCUUGAAUCUUAUUACUGGUUCCUUAUUCUAACUCUGGAUGUCAGCUGCAGUUCUUGAGUUUCAUUUUAACAAGUUUUUAACUGUCAUAAAUUAUGGUGGCACAUUACAUAUGUUAAGGAUCAUUUCAAUGAAUUCAGUUAUCCCUAGAUUCUUCAAUGGUCAUCCUUCUUUCGUAUGGUAUGAUCAGCUUUAUGUGUUGAAUAUAGUCUUUGGUGGGGCAGAGCAGGAGUGUGAGCAACGAACAAUUGGAACUUUCAUCAAAUUUGUAAGCCAUCAAUAAAGCGAAAAUGUGUACUAUUUGAUAUGCUACUUCACAUUCCUCUUGUUGAGUUACGCAUUAAUCCUUCAAUCCAGCAUUGAGGUAAUGCUUGUACACACUUCCAAAUAUGAGAAGUCAGUUUACGCAUUUUCAGUUAUGGUGCUGGAGCCUGAAGCUGUUAUAAAGUACUUUCAAUGUGAUCUACAUCAUAACCAAAUAAAGAUUAACAAGUUUAUGUGCA